UUGCAUUCCCAUGUUCUGUGUACUGUGGGAGACCAGAUAUAGUGAAUGCAGGGGUCCGGGGAGAGCAGAUAUAGUGAAUGCAGGGAGAGCAGAUAUAGUGAACGCAGGGAGAGCGGAUAUAGUGAACGCAGGGUCCGGGGAGAGCGCAUAUAGUGAAUGCAGGGUCCGGGGAGAGCGCAUAUAGUGAAUGCAGGGUCCGGGGAGAGCGCAUAUAGUGAAUGCAGGGUCCGGGGAGAGCGCAUAUAGUGAAUGCAGGGUCCGGGGAGAGCGCAUAUAGUGAAUGCAGGGUCCGGGGAGAGGAUAUAGUGAAUGCAAGGUCUGGAGAGACCAGAUAUAGUGAAUGCAGGGAGACCAGAUAUAGUGAAUGCAGGGUCCAGGGAAA